AUGAACAAAGCGCGGCAGAAACACAAACACAGUGCCAUUAACGAUGAGGACAGCAAGCAACGAAAGAAACAUAGAGGCCCGGAACUCCUUGAGUUUGAAUCUACGGACGUUAAGACCUACGUAUACAACGCUCUACCGCCAGAAAGAAAACGCAUUAGACUUCUACGUCUUUUUGCUGGCGUUUUGGAGAAUCCACAGAUCAACUGCGAGAUGUUUGAGGCUGAGUUCGAUGGCCAUGGUAUACUGAGGCAUCUGGAUGAAGUUCUGAAGAGUUCCCGACUAGGGAAGAAAGAACCUUAUCAUGCACUUUCCUGGCGAUGGGGCGACGAGGAUGACGGAAAAUAUGCCAUCAUGAUCAAAAGGAAGGGAAAUCUGUUCAAGAAACGCGUAUCGAGAACCUUAGGCCUUGCCUUGAAAUUCCUUCGUCUCAAGGAAGACCGCGUUCUCUGGAUUGAUGCCAUCUGCAUCGACCAGAAGAACUUGGAGGAGCGCAGCUUUCAGGUCUCCUUGAUGUCCCUCGUCUACACUGGUGCGAAAGAGAUAUGUGUUUGGCUGGGUGAAGACGACGAUGACAGCACCCAAGCAAUCCAGUUUGUGAAAGACGAGAUCAGCCAACUCAAAGAUUUUGAUAAACUCUGCAUCGAUCAGCAACACUCGCCGAAAUGGAAGGCUCUUCUGGGGUUAAUGCAAAGAGACUGGUUUUCUAGACGUUGGGUAGUGCAAGAAAUAGCGUUGGCAGAAAAGGCGCAAGUGUAUUGUGGUCCCGACCAAAUCCCUUGGGUUGAUUUAGCAAUUGCAGUGGAGCUUUUUGUUGAGGUCGAAACCGCAACACAUCGGCUCUCCGAGCUCAUAAAGAAAGACGAUGCCCACAAUGUAGUUCCAUACUGGUUCGAACACGUCUCAGAGCUCGGCGCAAGCGUUCUCGUGAACGCAACGGCGAGAAUCUUCCGCGGACACAAAGGGGGUGGCUAUGGACCCUAUAUCGGCGUCCGUCGAAGUCUUCUAAGUCUAGAAUAUUUGGUGACUUCACUCUCCAUCUUCGACUGUGGGCGCCCUCACGACUCGAUAUAUGCGCUUAUAGCUAUUGCCCGAGAUGCUGCUCCUCACCCACCAUCGUCGCUGACUCGACGGACGAAAGAAGCUCUCAUAGCUGAAGUUUUCUCUGACGCGAUCGAACAAAAGCCAUAUCCUCUUGACUACAAUAGUCCAUACCCAGACGUGUGCAAAGAGUUUCUGCAGUUCUGUAUUAGAGGUGCAGCGAAAACCGACAAGGUUCAGGCACUAGACAUUCUGUGUCGGCCGUGGGCCAAAGACUGGCGGCCGAAGGAAUAUAUCGCUACACCUGAGGCGACAUCUACGAAAAAAGUUGGAGAGUCUGAGGAAAAUCCACCCAAACUACCACCAAUACUCAAGCAUGAAGGUGGUUGGAUGCGAGGGCCAAAGGGAGCCAGGGUGGAAGACAACCGCGACAUGACAGAAUACUUUUCAAAAGCGACACCGCUUGAUUCACCAAUGACUACGCGAGGAGCGAAGGAGACAAAUGAAGGCGACAUACACAUCCCUGCGAGUCGAAGAUGGUUUCCAAAGGAAGAGAAGACCAAAGACAAGAAGAAAGAGAAGCGGGAAGGUGGCGGUCGCAAGGACCGUAGACCUAGAGAUUUUGAGCCACAACAUGUUGACGAUCUAGCCUUGCCCUCAUGGGUGGCAACUAUAGCUGGGGCGGCUUUCGACAUAUUCCCCCAUCCAGGUAUGGAUAUGGUGAAAAUGGGACGAAAGAACGCGGACCCACUUGUGGGGACACCACAGGAUGGUCGUCGUAACUACAACGCUUGCCAGCUCUGGGGAGUGGAUGUAGAUGACAUCAAGUUCCGCAGACGAGCUCGGCUCGGACAUUACAGCUUGUAUGUCAAGGGCUUUCGAUUCGAUCAGGUUGAAGAGGUAUCGCAUGUCUCUCAAGCGGGUACGAUUCCAUCCGCCUGGCUUGACCUAGCGAAAUGGUCCAAGGCAAGAAGGACCAGAGGACUAUGGGACGACCCUGGUGACCCACCAGAUGAUUUCUGGCGUACGCUUGUUGCAGACCGAGGUAUGCAUAAUCAAAAUCCGCCCUACUACUAUAUGCGGGCUUGCAAGGAAACAGUCAUGAAAGGAGGUUUGCGCAGCAAUGCAGUCGAUACAUCUUCAUUGAUCCACAACGAGCGAAACUCUAUCGUAGCGGAAUUCUGCAGGCGCGUCCAGUCCGUGAUUUGGAACAGGGCUUUGAUUCGCACAAAAGGGGGAAAGCUAGGUCUCGCUUCAGAUGGUGUAAGGAAAGGAGAUUGGGUGUGUCUCAUCUACGGCUGCACAGUUCCUGUAAUCCUGCGCAAGCACGGUGGGCUCAAAAGUCAGCAAGAGUAUGACAGAGAGAGGUAUGAAGAUUGCAUCGAAGCACUAAGGCGAUGCAUUCGCAAAGCCGCAAAAGCCAGGUUCCGUAAAGCACAGUAUAGGAAUCUGAAAAAAGAGAAGCCCGGGUGGGAGGUGGAUGUCCAAUCCAAACUCGCAGACUACAAACAAAAAAAUCCGGACAAUGCUGUCCCAGCCUCAACUUCUCAGACUGCAAACGAGGGUAGAUCCACUCAUGAUAUCCUAUUCAAAGAAGAUGACCCGGUCAUCGUACCAACACUGGACACGGAGCUUGACGAAGAAAUAAGUGAAUCUGAAAGCGAAGGCGAUAGUGAGCGGAAGGAACGACAAAAGAAAGCCUUCGAGAUGGAUCCUUUUAGAUUCUAUAAUUUUCUUGGGGAAGCAUACAUCCAUGGCAUGAUGGAUGGCGAAGCAGUGCGCGAGAAGUUCUACAAGGGCAAGCCGGACCAUAUUUUCGAGCUACGCUAA